GAAAGACUUCCUACUCCACCGCUCUUUUUCCUCAUUCAGACUCAACGCAAGCUCUGCUGCUCAGUCUGUAUCUCAUUACGUGGGCCCUCAUAGAUUAAGAUACUUCAUUGUAACCAAUCUUGCGCCAGAAAAGAACGUGUCUGUAAAUCUAUCAAGAUGCCUCUUCUACCUGUUGCCCUUUAUGGGCUUGAAGUCCCUUGCGGUGAUAUCUUGGUUCCAGCUGUGCCAGACUUUCCCGCCACUUUCCGUAUUACGAUGGCUGCCAUCGAUCCUACCGAGCCUGCUCAGCUUCAAGAAGGUGCCAAUGGUUCGACCAUCCCCCGCGCUACCUUGAAGAUCAUCCGUCCACCUCAAGGGUCCGAGGAUGACGACGAAGACGAAGAGUACAUGCGUGCACUCCUAGCCGACAGUGAUUCAGAUGAGGAUGAUGACGAGGAGGAGUCUGACGAGGAAGAGACAAAUGGUGGCCCAAGUGACCCAAGCAAGUCAAAGAAGGCUAAGAAGGCGGCUGCUCUGCAACAAUUGAUGGAGUCGCUUGGCCAAGACUCUGACGAGGAGAUGGGAGAUGCGCCUAACGGUACCAAGGUCGCUAAGAAAGGCAAGGCCAAGGCUAGCAGCGAUGAUGAAGAAGAUAGCGAGGAGGAGAGUGAAGAGGAUGAGAAUGAAGAUGUGGAGGUGGACGAAUUUGUUCUCUGCACUCUUGAUCCCGAGAAGCAUUACCAACAACCUCUUGACAUUACCAUUGCUGAGAACGAGCGAGUUUUCUUCAAGGUCACUGGUACCAACACCAUCUAUCUCACUGGCAACUAUGUCAUUCCUGACGACAAUGGCCACAACCAUCGUCAUGAGGUCUACGAUUCCGACUCCGAUGAUGAGGACGAUGAGGACUAUGACUUGUCUCCCGAUGAGGACGAGCUUGAGCUUGAGAUGGAUGACGACGAGAGCGAUGACUUGGACACACUCGAGAAUCCCCGUAUCACCGAGGUUGACUCUGAAGACGAGGAGGCCCCCAAGCUUGUUACCAAGUCUGAGAAGAAGGGCAAGAACAAGCGCUCUGCUGACGAGAUCGAUGAAGGUACUUCUCUCGACGAUAUCAUGGCCAAAUCCUUGAAGCCUGAAACCGAGGAAGAGCCUAAGCUCAGCAAGAAGCAAUUGAAGAAGCUGAAGAAGAACAAUGGCGAAGCCGCUCCAGCGAAGACUGAAGAGACCAAGAAGGAGGAUACCAAGGACAGCAAGGCUGACAAGAAAGUUCAGUUCGCAAAGAACCUAGAGCAAGGCCCAACUGGAUCUGCUGAGAAGGCAAAGAGCACUGAUACUGCUAAGGCCAGUGCAGCCAAGCCUGCCACAGGUGUCAAGGUCGUUCAGGGUGUCAAGAUUGAUGACAAGAAGCUCGGAUCUGGACCAGCUUGCAAAAACGGCCAGAGAGUUGGCUUGCGUUACAUUGGCAAGCUUGAGGCCGGCAAAGUCUUCGACUCCAACAAGAAGGGCAAGCCCUUUUCCUUCAAGGUCGGCGGAGGUGAAGUCAUCCAGGGAAUGGACAUCGGCAUUGUUGGUAUGCAAGUUGGUGGUGAACGAAGAAUUACCAUUCCAGCCAAGCUCGCAUACGGCAACAAGUCACAACCUGACAUCCCUUCCAACAGCACCCUUAUCUUCGACCUGAAGUUGCUUGAGAUCAAGUAAAGCUUGUUACUGUUCUUUUCACGACAAUUUCUACGAUUGACCGUUGGAUGUUUAUGAUAUCAUGAGGCACGAGCAUUGCUUGUCGACUCCUCUCCACUGUACAAUUUUCGAUACACCUCUCAUGCAGCCAUUGUGCUGCUUAAUUUCUUACGGCGUGUCGUAUUUCCUUUACGCAUCAAUGCUGUCUUUCAUGAGUCUCCGACCUACGCGGCUCUGUAGUGAAUGUCUUGCGGGACGGAACACAGAAAUUGCGAAAAGGGAUGAGGAGAUUUACAUAGCAUAGCAGGCGCAUCUUAAAAGUUACUUGCACAUUGUCUCUUAUCCUACUUUUAGGGCAAGUUUGUUAAUUUAGUCAGCCAAUGAAAAAACUCCUUUGGGG